AUGGUGCACCAGAUGUCGCUCGGGCUGCGCCUCAUCCGCCGCCAGUUCGGCCAGGUGCCGCGCGUCGCCUGGCAGAUCGACCCCUUCGGCCACUCCGCCGUGCAGGGCUACCUCAUCUCCGCCAUGGUGGGUUCCGCAAUGGUCCGUGCUGCUCGGUGCUGCUGGGUUCUGCUGGGCGCUUCUAGGCCAGCCCGGUGUUCUGCGCACGCGCAGAGCAGACUACGAGGACAGCACUGUUCCACCAGUUCACUGUUCCACUCUUUCACCUCGCCCUUUACUCCUCUCCCCUGCCCGCUUUCCCCCCAACAGGGCGGGUUUGACGCGGUGUUCUUCGCGCGCGCGGACUACGAGGACAGCGAGGCGCGGUACCGCGCGCGCACGGCGGAGUUCGUGUGGCGCGCGUCCGACACGCUUAAGGAGCGCGCGGAGGUGUUCGGCGGGCGGCUGUACGUGCACUACCUGCCGCCCGACUCGUUCCGCUACGACACCAACAACUGGGACCCGCCCGUGCAGGACGACCCUGAGCUAUAUGACUACAAUGUGCAGGAGCGGGUGGACAAGUUCGUGGAAACUGCGCUCAAACAGGCAGAGAGCUACCGUACAAACCACAUCAUGUGGACGAUGGGUGACGACUUUGCGUACAGCAACGCGGUGACGUGGUUCCGCAACAUGGACAAGCUCAUCCACUACGUCAACCGCGACGGGCGUGUGAACGCAUUCUACUCCACGCCCUCCAUCUAUGUGGACGCCAAGCACCGCGCCAACGAGUCCUGGCCCCUCAAAACGGGAGACUUCUUCCCCUAUGCGGACUGCCCCCACUGCUACUGGACGGGGUACUUCUCCUCCCGCCCCGCCUUCAAGCGCUACGUGCGCCACUGCAGCGCGCUGCUCCUCGUACGCCCCGCCCCCGCCCUACCCUGCCCUUCCCAGCCCGCCCUUGCCCCCCCCUCGUCUCUCCCUAUCCCGCCCCUGCCCCAUUCUGUCCUCCCCUCCCCGCCCCUGCCCCUCCCACUCGCUCGUGCACGCCCCCGCCGCCCGUCAACCAUCUCUUGCAUGUUUCCUCCUUUCCUUGGACUGGCUCGUUUGUUCUUGCACUUGAUACGGCAUGCCGUUGCUGCGAGUUCAAUGCUUGCAGCUCAAACGCUCCCUCAACUUGUCCUGCAAAUCUCCCUUUCCGUCCACUUUGUUCCCUCUUGCCGUGACCCUCUUCCGCCUCCCCUCUCGCCCAACCUUCCUGCGUGCCAGGCUGCCAGGCAAGUAGAGGCCUUGGUGGGGCGAAGCAGGCUGGGGAGAGAAUUGGAAGGGGUGGGUGUGGGAGGGGAGGGGCAGGCGUGGGGGGUGGAGGAUCUAGAGGAGGCGAUGGCGGUGGCGCAGCACCACGACUCGGUGAGCGGCACGGCCAAGCAGCACGUCAACGACGACUACACCAUCAGGCUCUACCGCGGGGCCGUCAAGGUGAGCGUUGCGGGGACUGGGCUGCUUUUGACACGCCUUAAAUGUGAGCGGCACGGCACGGCCAAGCAGCACGACAACGCCGACUACACGCUGCGACUCUACCGCGGGGCCGCGAAGGCCUCCUCGCUGCUCACACGGGCCAUUCGCUACAUGAUCUCCCGCCAGUCAGACGCUGACAUGUGGCGGUCCCAGUCUCUCCUGCAGCAGAUGCCACGCUCCCGGCCCACCCGCCCUCCCACCUCGCCCCUCAUGCGAGCGCUCAAGAAACGGGGCGCAGCAGCAGCAGCAGAAGAAGAAGAAGAAGCAUCACCGGUAGCAGCAGCACUGGAGAACCAAGCAGGCACAAGCAGGCAGGGUCUGAAGCUGAGCUUUGAGCUCUGCCCGCUCGCAAACAUUUCGUUCUGCCCGCCUUCACAAACGGAUCUUCAGGACGGAAAAGUUCUCGUCGUAGCAGUGUACAAUCCACUGGCAUGGGCGCGCAAGGAGGUCGUCCGAUUUCCUGUGAGCCACCCUUACCCUCCUAGACCCUCUUUGCCCAUUGCCUCUCACCACUGCCUCCACUCGUCUCACCUUGCAUCAGUCUCUCACCAGCUCCAUUAUAGUUGCAACUCUUUCUCCAUCCUCACUCUCCCUUCCAUUGUCCUCUCCUCAUGUUUUUCCCCUUUCUUUCUCUUCUCCUCUCCAUUCCUCACCGUUCCUUCUCCCCUUGUUCUUUCCCCCCUCUCCUUCGCCACCUCUUACCGCGUGCCCCAUCUUGUCCAGGUGUCAACUGCUGACGUGGAAGUUAUGAAUGCCAGCGGGGCAAUCAUCCCCUCCCAAGUCCUUCCAGACACCCUCCUCCUCCCCUCCACCCGUUCCUUCCUCAUCCAAGCCUACGCCGGACCUGAUGCCGAACCAAACGCUGGGCCGGCCACUGGAGCUAGUGCCGAACCUGGUUCUGCAGCCAGUGCCGAGCCUGGUGGUGCAGGCUCGGAGGCGCUGUCACUAGUGUUCUGGGCGGAUGCGCCUCCCCUAGGUAUUGCCUCGUACUUCGUGCUGUAUAAAUAUCUUGAAGGCAGAGAUCAGGGUGGAGUUAAGGAGGGGAUGGGGCAGGAGAAAGCAGGAGAUGAGGGUGCGGAGCAGGAGGGUAACUUGGAAGGGAGAGUGGUGGAGGGCGGGGAGGAAGAGGGGAAGGUGAUGCAGGAGGCUGAAGAGGAGGAGGAGGAUGAGAUAGUGAUUGGUGGGUGGGCGGAGGGGGAACGGGGCGAGGGCAGCAGCAGCAGUGGCAGCAGUGCGCUGAGGCUCUCCUUCUCCAGGGCGCAAGGGGGCAAGAUGACCCGCGCUGUGCUGCUGACGCGGGGUGGAGGGGAAGCAGAGGCGGAGGAAGGGGAAGCAGCAGCAGCGGGGGCUGCAGCAGUGGCAGAUGUGGGGUUGGAGUGGGCGUGGUACAAUGCGAGUGACGGCAAGGCGAGCAGGGAGGCAUCAGGGGCGUACAUCUUCCGCCCCUUCUCCUCCGUCCCCGUGCCCAUCACCCCGCCCAACCCCACUGCGGCAUCACUGCGGGUGGUGCGAGGGGCACUGGUGGACGAGGUGCACCGCCAGGUGGCGCCCUGGAUCCACGAGAUCGUGAGAGUGUACAAGGGCACCAACUAUGCAGAGCUGGAGUAUGCGGUGGGACCAGUGCCCAUAGACGAUGGCUUUGGCAAGGAGGUGGUGCUGCGCCUCUCCUCCUCGCUCGCCAGCACUGCCACCUUCUACACCGACUCCAACGGCCGAGAUUUCAUCCAGCGCACACGCAACUUCCGCCCCGACUGGAACCUCACCGUCACAGAGCCUGCUGCUGGCAACUACUACCCCCUGAACGCGGGCAUCUAUUUGCACGACAACAACACAGACUUCUCAGUGCUCGUGGACCGACCCAGCGGGGCGACCAGCCUCUCAGAUGGGCAGGUGGAGGUGAUGCUGCACCGCCGCCUGCUGCAUGACGACCACCGCGGCGUGGCAGAGCCGCUCAACGAGCGCGUGUGCGUGGGCGCGCAGGAGGGGGCACAGGAGGGGGCACAGGAGGGGGCACAGGAGGUGCAACAACCGCAACCGCCAACCUGCAUGGGCCUCGUGGUCUCUGGGACUCUGCGCUUUGGGCUACACCCGCAUGGGCGGAGCGAGGGGGGUGUGGUGGAAGUGGGAGGGGUGGAAGGGAGUCGAGAGGGGUUGGUGGCAGGGAAGGGGGCAGAGGAGGGAGUUGAAGCGGCUGCGGAGUGGCGGCGUGGGAAUAUUCAACGGAUAUUCUCUCCGCUGCAAGUGGUGUUUGCUGUCGAGAAUGAGGAUGACCUGGCAGCUGAGGGUGGACUGUACACGUGGCAGUUCUCUGGCACCCAGAGGAGCAAGUCUGAGGAGUCAACGGAGUCAAUGCUGUCAAUGCCGCUUGCCGGAGAAGGGAGGCGGGCAAUGAAAGAAUCUGAGGGUAGGAGAGGGGAAGACGAGGUGGAGGUGGAGGAGGAGGAAGGUUAUGAGGAGGAAGAAGAGAUGAAAGAGGGAGAGGAGGAGGACGACGAUGAUGAGGAGGAUGCAGAGGCAGUGGAUGGGGGUGAGAAGGGUGGGGAGAGGGCGAGCAAGGAGGGCGCAUACGAGCUUCCGAAGAACAUUGCCAUAAUCACACUCGAGGAGGUGCAUGAGUACAAGGUGCUGCUGCGACUCGCCCAUCUCUAUCAAGCCAAUGAGGACCCUGUUCUCUCGCAGCCUGCUCGUGUGGACCUUGACAGGCUCUUUGCCCACCAAGAGAUUGAGAAGGUAACUGAGCUCAGCCUGAUGGCCAAUCAGAAGCUCUCAAAGAUGCGGCCACCAAUGAAAUGGAGUACUGAGGAGGAGGUGGAGUCAACAAAUGGCAUCCAUGGAGUUGGUCAGAGGAAUGCAUUUGACUCCACAGACGGACCUUUCAUUGUGGAGCUUGGACCAAUGGAGAUUCGCACUUUUGUGGUUCACUUUGAUGAUUGA